AUGGGCCGAGAAGGAAAUCGAUUUAAGUUUGAGAGCUUCACAAAGAAGAUCGCAAAAGUUGGCGGGGAUCGAGCGCUCUUCAGGAAAGAAUUAGGCGGCCGAAAACACAAUGAAGAGACGUUUUUCGUGGAAGCUCUUGAGAAAUGGACAGAAACCGAUCGAGGAUCGCAUUUUUACACUUUCCUCAAGGAUAUCCCAACACGAGAAAUUGGUACAUACGCACAAGUUAUUCAUCACCAUAAACAAAUUCUCGAGGCUCUUCUGCAUCAUAUCUCAUUUCCAGGAUGUACGUGUCAAAUACCGCUUCUCGAGCUGACCAUAGCGCUUGCUAAAGAUCUACGAGAUGAGUUUUACGAGUAUAUGUGGAGAUUUUUUGAACAAAUCAUCUCAAUUAUGGAACAAGCAGAUAACAACGUCGAGCUUCUUGAAAUUACACAUUUAACGAUGGCAUUAUUGUUUAAACAGCAUUGGAGAUCCAUUGUGAAGGAAAGCCGCAAAACAUUUGAUCGCUUCUCGCUCCUUUUUGCCAGCAACAAGCAAUAUCUUCGGAGAUUUGCCGCCGAAGCGUUUGCAUUUUUGAUACGAAAGAUUUCGAUGAUCCAAAAAUUCACAACUUUCAUGAUUGAGAAGGCACAUCGGAUUCAGGAUGGCUACUUCUCAGAGGGGAUUUCAAUGUUGAUCUACAAUGCAAUACGUGGAGUUAAUGGACAAUUUCAUAGUGCAACAAAUGAGUUGCUUGGAGAUAUGUUAGCAGCUUUGUUUACGAUUGAAGAUUCGUCUAUUCGAAAUACGGGAUUGAAAAUUUUCGAACGUGCCAUCGUUUAUUGUCUUGCUUACGCCAAAAAUGACCAUUUCAAAGACGUUUCCUCUGUUUUGAUGAAGACAUUCGAACUGAGAAAUGAUCACACCACCUUUUGUGAGAGUCUUCGCCUCAUAGUUGCCUCUACAGAAACUGUGAAGAAGCUGGUUUUGUUUAGUCAUCGUGAUCUGCUACUCGAUCUCUUGCAAAAAGUCAUUCACAAACCCUGGUUCAAGUUAGAUCAAGAAUUUUUCGACUUAUUGGCAACGAUCAUCAAUCGUCUCUAUGAUAACGACAAAUGGAAAUUAAAAGUUAAGGCACUUUUCGACGAUCUUUCGACACUUGACAAUUUUAAUGAUUCGUCGAUGAUUUCGUUUCUGGAUGCUCUUUCUCACUUAAGUUAUUUUGAUUCGUGCAUUAUGCCAUCAGUCGGAACCAUAUCUGGACAAAUAAUUGAAUCUUCAAAUCAGCAAUUAUUGCCGGGACUGUUGAAAUUUUAUGCGAAACUCUGCGUUGAUCGGAGGCCAAUCGACGAUGCACUGAGAAGAUGCACGCAUUCGACUUUCUUCGAUGCUUCGUUACAUGAAAAGAUGCACACGUUCGUCGAGAAGAAGAUCUCCAAUCUACCAAAUCAGAUCGCGAAGUUGGGUGAAGAUAGUGUUGUCAUGGAAGAAGUUGCCCAAUUGUUUAUUGUUUGGACGUCGCUAACGAGUGCGAAAGAUCAAUUCUCAUGUCAGGAGAGUGUCUUGAAAUUUCUCCGUUCGCUUAUCACCGAUAAAGUUCCCUCAGAUCCUGAAUUUUUCUUGUCUCGUGCGCAAUUGGUCUUGAUUACAGCUUCAGCACUCUAUCAGGUAGACUCGUCGUUGUUGAAGACUAUCGAUGAGACGGAUGUUCUUGCAUUUGUUAAGAACUUUUUAACCACCGAAUCAGCUAUUCGAUUCUACCAUUUAUUUGUGACGGCUCGUGGAAUUAGUGAAAGCUUGGAGAGUUUGGAUGAGGCAGUUCAACUACUAUCGACGUCUUUCACUUCGCCGUGCCAUUCAAUUCGACGUUGUGCCCUUCAGAUUUGUGCAUCAUUCAAUGUGCCUUUGGAGGAUAUUCCCCUAGAUGAUAAUGGAGUUCCAUUGUUCAAGAAACCCGCUAACAAUAUGUUUGCAAUCCUUGCCUCGGCUGAAAGCGAAUCUCCAACCACUGCCAAUAUUCGAGAUCGAUUGAGACAAUUUCGCUCACUCUUAUAUGGAGGGCACUUGUAUACAAUUCCGAAGGGUCGUCGCAAUGUUUUUGAGACAAUCAUCCUGAAAGUCUCAUUAGCUCAGUUUUACCAUCAGUUUACACCAAUUUGGUCUGGAAUUCAUGAGAUUCUAAUAUCUCAUGCAAAGGGUUUGCCAAUCGAUGUUUUCUGGGCUGUGAUCGAAGCGAUGUUAAACGAUUCUCUUUCAAGUUUACGAAAUAACAAACCGUUAUUUACAAAAACGUCACUCGAAUCUUUGAUACCAAACGUUGAUGCCGAGAUGAGAACGGACUUUUCUGCUGUCAUUGAUCAAUUGUGUAAAUUUCUUCAGAAGGUACCAGAAAUUGCUGAGCGUCGAACCAAGACCCUGUCACCAAUCUUUUUGGAAUUUUUCAACAAAGAUUACAUGCUCUCGGAAAAGCCACGACUCGCAACUCAAAAAGAAAUUAUGAGUUUGACUACAACGAUAGAAAAUACGGAGCAAGAUGAUGUUCAAAUGGAUGUAGCCGAUGAAGAAGUCGACAACGCUGAACAAACGAAUCGAUCACUGCAGGAAAAACAAGUGGAUGAGGAUGAAUUGCAUACACUUACAAAAAAGAUGGCUAGAAAAAUUCUUAUCGGGUUUCUUGAAUUAUUUUCAUCGUUUCGUAGCCCAAAGAUGAUCUUUCGUCAACCAGAAGUCUACGGGGUUUAUAAUGAACUAUUGUUGUCAUGGGAUGCUGAUCUUCAAAAAGCAGCUCUCAAAUGUCUCUUUGCUUACAAGUACAAAUGGCUUGUUCCUUACAAGGAUAAUUUGAAUGCUCUUCUCGAUAAGAAAACUUUCCGUACCGAACUUGUCAACUUCAACAUCGGCUCUGAGAACAGUGUGAUCGAUAAGGAUCAUCUCAAUGAUUUGACGCCUUUACUUCUACGAUUAUUGUAUGGUCGCUUAACCACUCCCACCUCAAAGAUGGAUCACUAUCAUCGUUUGGUGAUUGUCCGAUUUCUCGCUGGGUGCACUGUCGACCAACUCGAUCAUUUUAUCUACCUGCUUUUUCAUCCGUUUUUGAAAAUUUUUGAUAUCAACGAAGCUGAUUUUUCAAAGAUUGACGAACAAAUUACUGCUGAAACGGUGAAGGAACAAUUCAACUACAAGGACAUUUACACG